AUGGAAGUCCACACUUCAGACUAUUACGCCAUUUUGGGGGUUUCUAGGGGGGCCAGCUCUGAGGAAAUCCGCAAGGCCUACAGAAAGCUGGCCAUCAAGUGGCACCCAGACAAGAACAGGGAAAGGCAGCAAGAAGCAACAGAGCGGUUUAAAGCAAUUUCGGAAGCUUAUGAAGUUCUUUCCAAUGACGAGAAGCGCCGGCUCUACGACAUCAGCUUCUCCCAGCCGACAGAAGGGCCCGGCCUGCGGCGCACUGCCUCGUCUGCUGCUGCAGCAGCAGCAGCAGCAGCAGCAGCAGCAGAAUUCGCAAGGUUCCAUGAGGCCUUCCAGUUCAGCGACGCGCAGCGCAUCUUCGAAAUGGCCUUUGGGGGUUCUCCCUUUGGACGGCAGAGAGUUCAGGGGGGCAUGCAGCAGCAAAUGCAGUCGAUGGGCAGCGGGGGCUUCAUGAUGUCUUCUUCUUCUUCUUUUGGAAAUGGCGGAUUUUCCCGAUCUGUUUCUUCCCACACAAAACUCGUCAACGGCCGCACCGUCACCGUCACCGAGGAGGUCACCACCACCCCCGACGGAGUUACUCACCGGACAGUGACGCAGACUGAAGACGACGGGAGGGGCAACGUGAGGGUUUACCAAACAGACCCCGGCAGCAGCAGCAGCAGCAGCAGCAGCAGCAGCACGAGGCGGCUGCGCUACUAA